CCCCCAUGGAGGGAGGGAAGGAAGGAAGGUAGGAUGGAAGGAAAGAAGGAAAAGGAAGCCAGUAUCUGCCUUCGUUUAAUCUGGGCCAUGCCUAUCUUUGUAAAGUUAAAUGAGAAUAACUUCUUCCAACCAGCUUAAUUUUUUUUUUAGACUGUGAUGAUGUCCUCCAAACACAUCCUUCAGGUACCCAAAGUGGUAUUUUCAAUAUCAAGCUACCGGGAUCCAGUAAGAUUUUUUCUGUUUAUUGUGAUCAAGAGACCAGUUUGGGAGGAUGGCUUUUGAUCCAGCAAAGAAUGGAUGGAUCACUGAAUUUUAACCGGACCUGGCAAGACUACAAGAAGGGUUUCGGCAGCCUGGAUGACAAGGGGGAAGGAGAAUUCUGGCUAGGCAAUGAAUACCUCCACUUACUAACCCUGAGGGGCUCUGUCCUUCGGGUCGAAUUAGAGGACUGGGCUGGAAACCAGGCUUAUGCAGAAUAUCACUUGAGGGUAGGUUCUGAGGCAGAAGGUUAUACCCUGCAGGUCUCUUCCUAUGAGGGCACAGCGGGUGAUGCUCUGAUUGAGGGUUCUGCAGAGGAAGGAACAGAGUAUACGUCUCACGCGGGCAUGCAGUUCAGCACCUAUGACAGGGAUGCAGACCAGUGGGAAGAGAACUGCGCAGAAGUCUACGGCGGAGGCUGGUGGUAUAACAGCUGCCAAGCGGCCAAUCUCAAUGGCGUCUACUAUCCCGGGGGCUCUUAUGACCCAAGGAACAACAGUCCUUACGAGAUUGAGAACGGAGUGGUCUGGGUCCCCUUCAGGGGUGCAGAUUAUUCCCUCAGGACUGUUCGCAUGAAAAUCAGACCCCUGGCGACCCAAUAGGAGUGGAAGGGAGAGUGAUCUGUUUUCUUUGUUUAGUGAGGUGGAGAAAAAAGAUGAGGAAGAUAAAGGAGUUAAGAUUCUUCACAAUCUACUAAGAAAUUUACAGGUGCUAUUUUAUUAUUCUUUGUACUGUAUCUAAAUGUAACUGAGACAUAUUACUGCUUUAAAGAAUAAAGUUGUGCGAGUUUAUUUAUCUUGAAA